AGAAACGAUUAUGGGGUAACUCAAAUGAAUCAAACUCAAGUUAAAAUUUUAGUUUUACUUGAGUUUAAUUUAUUUGUCAUUCUAAUAAUACUAUUUAUUUUCACAAUAUUGUUUAUUUUAUCAAUAAUACUAUUUAUUUAAUUGAUAAUUUUUAAACAAUUUUGUAUAUUAACUUGAACGAACUCAAAUUCAAAUAGGGUAUUAUAGGUUUAAGUUGACUAUAAACUCGAUUCGGUUAUGAUCAAAUCCACCCAUUAAGACAACUGGUGAAAUAGUAAAAUCAUGUUGAAAAUGAUAUUAUCCAGUUCUUCACUGACGAUUUGAGAAUGAGAUAAUCCUGUCCUGUUAAACUUUUUUAUAUGAAUCAUUAUUUAACACUUCAUAACUGCUGCUUCCUCAACUUCCCAACUAUCACUAAUCUCAUUAUAAAUAAUAUUAUUUUUUAUUAUAAAUAAACAAAUACAUAUUUAUGGAUAAUAAUAGCUUCAAUUUAAUUGUCUAAAUAAAAUUUAUAGUUAAAAAAUUAAAAGAUAAAAAAGGCAAAAUGGUACUUAAUAAUAAUGAGACCCUCUAAUUGUGGGAGCGAAAAGAGCUCUUUUGACUUUACAUGGUAAUAGCUGAGCACGUCGAGAAUUCAGAGGACAAAACAAAAAAAGAAAAACUCAUGACAGAGAGAUACGAACGAGGAACACGCCGUCUUUUAUUCUUAAAUUCACCAAAACAUUUCAUAAUUUGUUUUUUUCAAUCUUUCUUUCAAAUUUUCAUAAUAAUUAGAGAAACUUAUAAUUAAAAUUAACCUGUUUCUGUUUCUAAUGCCUUAAUAUACCAACCCCGUUAUCUUGUUUUCUCCUCCUUUUCUCUCUUCAUGCGCACGAACCCCUGUUUGUUUUCCUAGAAAAAAAAAUUUUUUUUCCCGGAAAAUAGCUGCGUAUUGAUAAGGGCUUAAGUGGGUUCUUAACAUGGGAGCCUGCUGUAGCAUACAGAUUCAAUAUGGAGACAGAGACAGGUGGGAGGAGGAUAUUGAAGAGCAUGAUCAUUUUAAGGAUGAUGAAGAACAAAAUCCUGUGCGGAUUGAAGAUAAUGGAGACAUUGUGAGGAUAGAAGGGUUUUCUAAAACUGUAUCAAUGUAUACUCAACAAGGGAAAAAAGUUAAUCAAGAUGCUAUGACAGUUUGGGAGAAUUUUAUUGGUGACAAAGAUGCAGUCUUCUGCGGUGUGUUUGAUGGUCAUGGUCCCUCGGGUCACAAGAUUGCUCAUCAUGUGCGAGACAAUUUACCUUCAAAGCUGUCCUUAGCAAUCAAAGAGUCUAGACUUAUCAGCAGCCUCCCCAGUGACAUUGAUGUUGCUGCAGGGGACUACUGCAGAGAAGGUGAUGAUCAAGAACAUCACCGCAACGCUUUACCAUCUUCUUUCAAGGCCAGCUUGGUUAAAUCUUUUCAAGAAUUGGAUGGAGAACUUGGCUUGGAUGGCACAACGGACAGCUAUUGCAGUGGCACAACUGCUGUGAGUAUCAUUAAAAAGGAUGACCACUUGAUAGUUGCCAAUUUGGGUGAUUCUCGUGCAGUUCUUUGUACUCGAGGCAAUAAGAAUGAUCUCAUUCCUGUCCAACUCACCACUGAUUUGAAACCUGAUAUUGCAAGCGAAGCUGAAAGAAUCAAGAAUUGCCGAGGCAGAGUUUUUGCACUGGAUGAAGAACCAGGUGUUUAUAGAGUAUGGAUGCCAGAUGAAGAUGUCCCUGGUUUAGCAAUGGCAAGGGCUUUCGGAGAUUUCUGCCUGAAAGAUUACGGUGUCAUCUCAGUUCCAGAAGUCACGUACAGAAAACUUACAAGCGAAGACGAAUUUAUAGUUCUUGCAACUGAUGGGGUAUGGGAUGUGUUAUCAAACCUCGAGGUCAUAAGGACAGUUGCGUGUGCAAGUAAGCCAGCAAUGGCAGCUAAAUUGGUAAUACACCGAGCGGUUAGAGCAUGGCGAAGUAAAUUUCCAGGUUCCAAGAUUGAUGAUUGUGCAGUAGUAUGCCUGUUCCUUAAAAACAGACCUUUAUACAAGCCCAAGUCUGAAGUAAGUUGCGGCGGAAGCAGUUUAAACCAAGUAGAAGUUGCUUCAAGAUCAUCUGUCAGAAGUCAUGGAGUACCAGACAGUUUAAUUGGUGCGAGUGUAGACUCAAGAGAAGAUUACAGUGCCCUUAAAGGAGAAUCAAAGCUGGAUUAUCGGAAAACUGGGAAAAGACUGCAUCAGAAAGCCAAAACAAUUCAAUAACUGAUCCAGUUGAAGUUCUCAUCAGAAGUGCUAUAUUAGCACUGAAUUCAGAUUUGAGUUUUCAAAAAUUGUUUUCCAAUAUUAGCAUUGUAUUCUUGUUAAUCCUUUGCAUUAUUGAACGAUAUUAACACAAUCCGUUCCCUAACUAUGCGCCACUUGUGUUAGGAGUGAUGAGGGGCCAAAACUUUCAAAAAGUGGAAAAGAGGAGGUUGAAAGGAGAAGGCAAUAUAGCGGUGGGUUAAAGACAUGAUGGUGUAACGUGACAUGUUAAAAGACAUUCCUGAUGUUAAGUCUCAUUGAAGCAAAGUUGUUAAAUCCUAUAUUAAU